GGCAUCAUAACCGUUGAAUUUCCAUAGGCCAUAGCAUGAGCCACUGAGAGAUUACUCCUUAGUCUUACACUCACAGUAGUCAACACUGUGUCAGCUUUCCCAGAAAAGAGAGCCUCUUUCUUUGAACUUUGAACUUCUCGCUACUUCUCUCUCUCUCUCUUUUUCUCUUUGUUUCUCUUUCUGCUUUGCUAGUUCAUGGCGUUUCUGAAGCCUUUCUCUCUCCACAUUUCCAUGUCCUUGUUCUUGCUGUUGUUCUUCUUCCUCUUCUUUUGCUUCUGCAAAGCCAGUACCACCCCCACAAAGUCACUGUCCCCUUCUUCACCCUCCACUUCUUCCUCUGAUGUUGAACUUCUCUUGGGAAAAAUCAAAGCUUCUCUGCAAGGUGACACUGACAACCUUGUUCUCUCUUCAUGGAACACUUCUAUCCCACUUUGCCAGUGGAGAGGCCUCAAAUGGGUAUUCUCCAAUGCCUCUCCUCUCUCAUGCACUGACUUGUCCUCACCACAAUGGAGCAAUGUUACCCUUCACAAGGACCCUUCUCUUCACUUGCUUUCUCUUCGGCUCCCUUCUGCCAACCUCUCUGGUUCUCUCCCCAGAGAGCUUGGGGAGUUCCCUAUGCUUCAAAGUCUCUACCUUAACAUAAACUCAUUGAAGGGUACCAUCCCUCUUGAGAUUGGGUAUAGCACCUCCCUCUCUGACAUUGAUUUGAGUGACAAUAUGUUAAGUGGGGUUCUUCCACCAUCCAUUUGGAACUUGUGUGAGAGGCUUGUUUCCAUUAGGAUUCAUGGUAACUCCCUAUCUGGGUCUGUUUCUGAGCCAGCAUUGCCUGACUCAUCUUGUAAGAAUUUGCAGUUUCUUGACUUGGGUGGCAACAAGUUUUCUGGGAGUUUCCCUGAGUUCAUCACCAAGUUUGGUGGGCUAAAGGAGCUUGACUUGGGGGAGAACAUGUUCAUGGGUACAAUUCCUCAAGGCCUAGUUGGGUUAAGGCUUGAAAAAUUGAACCUUUCACAUAAUAAUUUUAGUGGGGUGUUGCCUUUCUUUGGGGAAUCCAAGUUUGGUGUGGAUGCUUUUGAAGGGAAUAGCCCUGCCUUGUGUGGGCCACCUUUGGCAAGCUGUGCUAGGGCCUCUUCACUGAGUUCUGGUGCAGUUGCUGGCAUUGUUAUUAGUCUCAUGACAGGAGCUGUGGUUUUGGCUUCUUUGCUGAUUGGUUAUAUGCAGAACAAGAAGAGAAAGGGAAGUGGGGAGAGUGAAGAUGAGUUGAAUGAUGAAGAGGAGGAUGAAGAGAAUGGUGGUAAUGCUAUUAGUGGAGCUGGUGAGGGGAAGCUCAUGUUGUUCCCUGGAGGUGAGAAUUUGACAUUGGAUGAUGUGUUGAAUGCAACUGGACAAGUUUUGGAGAAGACUUGUUAUGGGACUGCUUAUAAGGCAAAGCUUGCUGAUGGAGGCACCAUUGCUUUGAGGCUAUUGAGAGAAGGUAGCUGCAAAGAUAAGGUUUCAUGCUUGUCGGUUAUAAAGCAAUUGGGGAAAAUUCGCCAUGAGAAUUUGAUUCCUUUGAGAGCUUUCUAUCAGGGGAAGAGAGGGGAGAAGCUCCUUAUCUAUGACUAUCUGCCUCUCAGAACCCUUCAUGAUCUUUUACAUGAACCAAAAACCGGAAAACCAGUGCUGAACUGGGCCAGGCGACACAAGAUAGCAUUGGGGAUAGCGCGAGGACUAGCAUAUCUUCACACAGGACUUGAAGUUCCCAUCACUCAUGCAAACGUAAGGUCCAAGAAUGUGCUCGUGGACGACUUCUUCGCAGCCAGGCUGACCGAUUUUGGCCUUGACAAGCUGAUGAUUCCCUCCAUAGCCGACGAGAUGGUGGCGCUGGCCAAGACCGACGGCUACAAGGCGCCGGAGCUGCAAAGAAUGAAGAAGUGCAACUCCAGGACAGAUGUCUAUGCAUUCGGCAUCCUGCUGCUUGAAAUCUUGAUAGGGAAGAAGCCAGGGAAGAAUGGAAGAAGCGGCGAGCACGUGGACUUGCCUUCGAUGGUGAAGGUGGCGGUGUUGGAGGAGACAACGAUGGAAGUGUUCGAUGUGGAGCUCUUGAAAGGGAUAAGGAGUCCAAUGGAAGAUGGGUUGGUGCAGGCACUGAAGCUGGCAAUGGGGUGCUGUGCACCAGUGGCAUCAGUUAGGCCAAGCAUGGAUGAAGUUGUGAGGCAGUUGGAGGAGAAUAGGCCAAGGAACAGGUCUGCAUUAUACAGUCCUACAGAAACAAGAAGUGGGAGUGUUACCCCAUUUUGAUUUGAGCUUGCAAUUCAUCGUAUGCUUAAUCAAACUAGUGAUUUUUGCUUACUACUUACGUUUGUUUACUUUUUCUCAUCUGAAUGUGGGGUAGUUUAUGAUGGCCUAGAUAAUGUUGUAAUUUUUGUUUUUUAGGUAGUCCCUAUUGUUUUCAAAGUCAAAUAUAGUCACUUACACAAUUAUGCAAAUUCCUGCUUCUAGAAAUUGUGCAGUGCUUCGACUACAUUUACUGCUAUGAAUGUUUAGGGGAAUCCUCAAGUCUAAAUAUGAUGCUAUAUUAUUGGGAAUAUGCACUUAUUUUAUCUUUUAAGUGGAUCUAAUCUUGUUAUCUCAAUUUAUUUUAAGCA